AUGUCUGGUUAUCAAAAAGAGGUUUUUGACAAGAGAUUUUUGAAAGUAAUGGAGUUCGCUGCAUGGUCAUAUUUGUUGUUGUUGCUGGUAUUUCUACUCUAUUCCCAGGAUAUCCUUGCUGUUUUAUCAAAUGAAAAAUAUGAAUUUCACACGCAUGGGACGCCGUGUUAUAUUUGUGCAGCCGAAUUGAAGUUACGGAGCAACAACAGGCAAAAAUCAACAGGCGAUAAUGAUGUAAUUAAAUUAGUUGAGGAUGAUGACAAGUGUGAAGCAAUACUUGUAAAGGAAUUGGAAGAUACAUUAGAAAGAAUGCAACCGGAAAUGUGGCAGCACACUGCUAUUAAUGGUUUUGCACUUAAACAGGAUACUGAAAAAUUUCUGAAUGAGUAUGCUACUUCGCUAUCGCUUGAACAUUUUCGGAAGAAUCUUGAUUUACUUACUUUACGAUGGGCGAAAUAUCGAAUACAGCAAGAUUUCAACAAAUGGACAGCACUACGACAUUGGCUCCGCUUACCUACUCUGCGGCGUCGUUUACAAGUGCUAGAAAAGGAGCUAAAGAGUGAAAAGAAACAAUCACAAAGACUUCAGCGAUUGCUGAGUCGAGUUCAAAAAGUACAAGGUCUAUUAGAAACAGUUAAGAAAAAGCUUCGAGAUACCUAUGCUAGUUUUCAUCGUGAAGGUCGAUUAAAAUUCAUUUAUGUUUUGUAA